AUGCGCAAGCCCCAACUGGACAGGCACCGGGACGACCACGCCCCCUACGACCGCGCCCUCGCGCUGACCACGCCCACACGACCACGCCCAGGGCGGCUCCCACCCAACCGCAUUGAGCCCCAGCCUCACCCAACCACACUGUUUCAAGCCCUCAAGCCCCGCCCUCUUCUGACUCCACCCAUAAAGACAGUGGCCGCCGAGGUUCGGAAGCAGGUGUCCCGGGAGCACAGCGGCUCCCCGCACUCCAGCCGGCGCUCCAGCAGCUCCCUGGGGGCGGUGGAGAUGUACACAGAGGACUGGGUGAUCGUGCACCGAAAGUACCAGUACCUGAGUGCUGCAUACAGCCCUGUCACCCCUGAGACACAGCGAGAGAGGCAGAAGGGCCUCACCCGCCAGGUCUUCGAGCAGGACGCCUCUGGGGAUGAGCGAUCUGGUCCUGAAGACACGGACGACUCGCGGCGCAGCUCGGCCUCCCCCGAGGACACCCCUCGCAGCAGCGGCGCCUCUGGCAUCUUCGACCUGAGGAACCUGGCUGCGGACUCGCUGCUGCCCUCCCUGCUGGAGCGGGCGGCCCCCGAGGACGUGGACCGCCGGAACGAGGCCCUGCGUCGGCAGCACCGGCCCCGCGCCCUGCUCACCCUCUACCCGGCCCCCGAUGAGGAGGAGGCCGUGGAACGCAGUAGUCACCCGGAGCCGCCCCGUGAGCACUUCGGACAGAGGAUCCUGGUCAAAUGUCUGUCACUCAAGUUCGAGAUUGAAAUCGAGCCUAUCUUCGGCAUCUUGGCCCUGUAUGAUGUGCGAGAGAAAAAGAAGAUUUCAGAAAACUUCUACUUCGACCUGAACUCGGACUCCAUGAAGGGGCUGCUUCGCGCCCAUGGCACCUGCCCCGCCAUCUCCACCUUGGCCCGCUCCGCCAUCUUUUCCGUGACCUACCCCUCACCUGACGUCUUCCUGGUUAUCAAGCUGGAGAAGGUGCUGCAGCAAGGGGACAUCAGUGAGUGCUGCGAGCCCUACAUGGUGAUGAAGGAGGUGGACGCGGCCAAGAACAAAGAGAAGCUGGAGAAGCUGCGGCUGGCGGCCGAGCAGUUCUGCACCCGCCUGGGCCGCUACCGCAUGCCCUUCGCCUGGACGGCCGUGCACCUGGCCAACAUCGUGAGCAGCGCCGGCCAGUCAGAGCGCGACUCCUCCGACUCGGAGGGCGAGCGCCGUCCUGCCUGGACUGAGCGCCGCCGCCGGGUCCCCCAGGACCGAGCUAGCAGCGGGGACGACGCCUGCAGCUUCUCUAGCUUCCGCCCGGCCACACUAACUGUCACCAACUUUUUCAAGCAGGAGGCUGAGCGGCUGAGCGAUGAGGAUCUGUUCAAAUUCCUGGCGGACAUGCGGCGCCCCUCGUCCCUGCUGCGGCGCCUGCGGCCUGUGACCGCUCAGCUCAAGAUCGACAUCUCCCCGGCUCCUGAGAACCCCCACUUCUGCCUGUCCCCCGAGUUACUUCACGUCAAGCCCUAUCCGGACCCCAGGGCCCGGCCCACCAAGGAGAUCCUGGAGUUCCCAGCCCGGGAGGUCUACGCCCCCCACACCUGCUACAGGAACCUGCUCUACGUGUACCCACACUGCCUCAACUUCAGCAGCCGCCAGGGCUCCGUGCGCAACCUGGCUGUCCGAAUCCAGUACAUGGCGGGUGAAGACCCCAGCCAAGCCCUGCCGGUCAUCUUUGGCAAGUCCAGCUGCAGUGAGUUCACCCGUGAGGCCUUCACGCCGGUGGUUUACCACAACAAGUCCCCCGAAUUCUACGAGGAGUUCAAGCUCCAACUUCCGGCGUGCGUGACCGAGAACCACCACCUGCUCUUCACCUUCUUCCACAUCGGCUGCCAGCCCCGGCCCGGCACUGCGCUCGAGACGCCCGUGGGCUUCACCUGGAUCCCCCUGCUGCAGCAUGGACGCCUGAGGAGCGGCCCCUUCUGCCUGCCCGUGGCCGUGGACCAGCCGCCACCCAGCUACUCCGUGCUGACCCCCGACGUGGCCCUGCCGGGCAUGCGUUGGGUGGACGGCCACAAGGGCGUGUUCAGUGUGGAGCUCACAGCCGCAUCUUCCGUGCACCCCCAGGACCCCCACCUGGAUAAGUUCUUCACACUGGUGCACGUCCUGGAGGAGGGGGCUUUCCCCUUCCGGCUCAAGGACUCGGUGUUGAGCGAGGGGACGGUGGAGCAGGAGCUGCGCGCCGGCCUGGCCUCGCUGCGCCUGGCCAGCCCCGAGCCCCUGGUGGCCUUCUCCCACCGGGUCCUGGACAAGCUCGUCCACCUGGUCGUGCGGCCCCCCGUCAUUGGAGGCCAGAUGGUGAACCUAGGCCGGGGAGCCUUUGAAGCCAUGGCCCACGUGGUCAGCCUGGUGCACCGGAGCCUGGAGGCAGGCCAGGACGGCCGCGCUCACUGCCCGCUGCUGGCGGCCUACGUCCACUACGCCUUUCGCCUCCCUGGCACUGAGUGCAGUCUCCCUGGUGGGGCCCCUCCGGUGACGGUGCAGGCUGCCACCCUGGCCCACGGCUCCAGCCGUCCUACUAGCCUCUACCUGGCUCGAUCUAAAAGCAUCAGCAGCAGCAAUCCCGAUCUGGCCGUGGCCCCCGGCUCCGUGGACGACGAGGUCUCCCGGAUCCUGGCCAACAAGGGCGUCGACCGCUCCCACUCGUGGGUGAAUUCCGCUUACGCUCCAGGUGGCAGCAAGGCUGUGCUGCGGCGGGCGCCCCCUUUCUGCGGGGCUGAGCCCAGACAGGCCUCGGACCGCAGCUCUAGCCGAGCCUCCUCUUACCUCGAGGCCUCCGCCCCGCCAGCCUCCCGGCCGAGACCCACUGUGCACAAGCUGCUUCACGAGGAGCUGGCCCUGCAGUGGGUGGUGAGCGGCAGCGCCGUGCGCGAGGCCGUCCUGCAGCACGCCUGGUUCUUCUUCCAGCUCAUGGUGAAGAGCAUGGCGCUACACCUGCUUCUGGGCCAGCGGCUGGACACACCUCGAAAGCUGCGCUUCCCUGCCCGCUUCCUCGACGACAUCGUGGCCCUCGUGGGCUCCGUGGGCCUGGAGAUCAUCACCCGCGUCCACAAGGAUGCGGAGCUGGCCGAGCGCCUCAACGCCAGCCUGGCCUUCUUCCUCAGCGACCUCCUGUCCCUCGCCGACCGCACCUUUGUCUUCAGCCUGGUCCGAAAUCACUAUAAGCAGGUGACCACCCGACUGCAGUCAGCCCCCAACCCAGCAGCGCUGCUGACCCUGCGCAUGGACUUCACCCGCAUCCUGUGCAGCCAUGAGCACUAUGUGACCCUCAACCUCCCUUGCUGCCCGCUGUCACCCCCGGCCUCCCCCUCGCCCUCCGUCUCCUCCACCACCUCCCAGGGCUCCACCUUCUCCAGCCAGGCCCCAGACCCCAAGGUGACCAGCAUGUUCGAGCUGAGCAGGCCAUUCCGGCAGCAGCACUUUCUGGCAGGACUCCUGCUGACAGAGCUGGCCCUUGCCCUCGAACCCGAGGCCGAGGGGGCCUCCGUGUUGCACAAGAAGGCGAUCGGUGCGGUGCACAGCCUGCUGUGCAGCCACGACACCGACCCCCGCUUCGCGGAGCCCGCCGUGAAGGCACGCGUGGCCGAACUCUACCUGCCCUUGCUGUCGCUCGCCCGGGACACGCUGCCGCGACUGCACGACUUUGCGGCCAAGCUCGACAUCACCCUCACUCCCUGGCCUCUGUGUCCUAGAGACGGGUGGAGUUUGGCAUACUGCGGUGGGAAGCCUACAGCCAGCUCCCGGCAGGUGGGAGGUCUCGGGACAUUUAUUACCUGGGAGGAUCUCAGCACACUGGAGAUCCAGGGGUCACCCGGGACCAAGGAUGAAAUGGAACAUGAGGCCUUGGUGGAUGGGAACCUGGCUACUGAGGCUAGUCUGAUAGUUCUGGACACGCUGGAGAUCAUCGUGCAGACGGUGGUGCUGUCUGAGGCCCGGGAGAGUGUGUUGGGUGCGGUGCUGAAGGUGGUGCUGUUCAGUCUGGGGAGCUCCCAGAGUGCCCUCUUCUUACAGCACGGCCUGGCUACCCAGAGGGCUUUGGUGUCCAAGUUCCCGGAGCUGCUGUUUGAGGAGGACACGGAGCUGUGCGCCGACCUCUGCCUGAGGCUCCUGCGACACUGCGGCAGCCGCAUCAGCGCCAUCCGCACCCAAGCCAGCGCCUCGCUCUACCUGCUCAUGCGCCAGAACUUCGAGAUCGGCCAUAACUUUGCCCGCGUGAAGAUGCAGGUGACCAUGUCACUGUCAUCCCUCGUGGGGACAACCCAGAACUUCAGCGAGGAGCACCUGAGGAGAUCCCUCAAGACCAUUCUCACCUAUGCGGAGGAGGACGUGGGGCUGCGGGACAGCACCUUUGCCGAGCAGGUCCAGGACCUGAUGUUCAACCUGCACAUGAUCCUGACCGACACCGUGAAGAUGAAGGAGCACCAAGAGGACCCCGAGAUGCUCAUUGACCUCAUGUACAGGAUCGCCCGGGGCUACCAGGGGUCCCCAGACCUGCGGCUCACGUGGCUCCAGAACAUGGCAGGCAAGCACGCGGAGCUGGGCAACCACGCUGAGGCCGCCCAGUGCAUGGUGCACGCGGCCGCCCUGGUGGCCGAGUACCUGGCCCUGCUGGAGGACAGCCGCCACCUGCCUGUGGGCUGCGUGUCCUUCCAGAACAUCUCAUCCAACGUGCUGGAGGAGUCGGCCAUCUCCGAUGACAUCCUGUCGCCCGAUGAGGAAGGCUUCUGCUCUGGGAAGCAUUUCACGGAGCUGGGGCUCGUGGGUCUGCUGGAGCAGGCGGCAGCCUACUUCACCAUGUCUGGCCCCGCCCACAUUCCCAUCCUGGGGGCCCAGUGUCCCCCCCCUUCAACCCUCACCCUAGGCUCUCCUGACCUUGACCCUUCUCUACCCCCACAGAGCUCCGGCUGGGAGCGUGUGUUCGGGACGUAUUUCCGGGUGGGAUUUUAUGGCACCCGCUUUGGGGACCUAGAUGAGCAGGAGUUUGUGUACAAGGAGCCGUCCAUCACCAAGCUGGCUGAGAUCUCACACCGCCUGGAGGAGUUCUACACAGAGAGGUUCGGAGAGGACGUGGUGGAGAUUAUCAAAGACUCCAACCCUGUGGACAAGGCCAAACUCGAUCCACAGAAGGCCUACAUCCAGAUCACGUACGUGGAGCCCCACUUCGACACCUACGAGCUCAAGGACAGGGUGACAUACUUCGACCGUAACUAUGGGCUGCGCACCUUCCUGUUCUGCACGCCCUUCACGCCCGAUGGGCGCGCGCACGGCGAGCUGCCCGAGCAACACAAGCGCAAGACCCUGCUGAGCACUGAGCAUGCCUUCCCCUACAUCAAGACGCGCAUCCGCGUGUGCCACCGCGAGGAGACCGUGCUGACGCCCGUGGAGGUGGCGAUCGAGGACAUGCAGAAGAAGACGCGCGAGCUGGCCUUUGCCACGGACCAGGACCCUCCCGAUGCCAAGAUGCUUCAGAUGGUGCUGCAGGGCUCCGUGGGGCCCACGGUGAACCAGGGUCCCCUGGAGGUGGCCCAGGUGUUUCUAGCGGAGAUCCCAGAGGACCCCAAGCUCUUCCGGCAUCACAACAAAUUGCGCUUGUGUUUCAAGGACUUCUGUAAAAAGUGUGAAGAUGCCCUGCGGAAGAACAAAGCCCUGAUCGGGCAGGACCAAAAGGAGUACCACCGCGAGCUGGAGCGCCACUACUGCCGCCUGAGGGAGGCGCUUCAGCCCCUGCUGACCCAGCGCCUGCCACACCUGCUGGCACCGACGCCAGCCAACCUCAGGAACUCCCUAAACAGAGCAAGUUUCCGGAAGGCAGAUCUCUGAGCUACGCGCUUGAAUCUACACCCUGGAGGACCAACACCCAGGCUUAGCUGUCUGGGCCUCACUCACCUAGGGGCUGGGCCCUCUUUCUGUCUAUGUCUGUUCCCAUCCAUGUGCACUGAUAUGCCCUUACCUUUCUUAAUUUAAAAUGUUUUUAUAUGCAA